AUGGGCAGCAGGCUGACCUCUCGUUCCUCUCUAGCCUCCGACCAGUCUCAAGACCACUACUCCACCCUAGGCAUCAAAAGAACCGCCACGCCUAAAGAAAUCAAGUCUCAAUUCUACGCCCUAAGCAAGAAGUACCACCCCGACCUGAACCGCGACGACGAAGGGGCAAAGAAGCGCUUCCAAGAAGUUAGCGAAGCCUGGAACACUCUUGGAAACGAGAAGAGUCGUCGAGAUUACGAUCGUCAACUCCAAGGCGGAGGAGGAGGAGGGGGCAUGGGCAGAAGGGGCACAGCGGGCUACUCGUACGACUCGACGGACAACACGGCCAGACGAGCGCGAGCGAGCUACGCCUGGGAGUACCAGCGUCGUCGUUCUGACUCCAAUCGUGCACGAGCGGGGGCUGCGCGACACGACCCUUUCAACACCUCCUCAAGCUCAGCGUCAGCCUCCUCCUUCCACGCCUACGCCGAACGACAACGUAAACGCGAGUCGGCCCUGCAUGCCUCGCGCGUAGCCAACGGGUCCCCGGCAGCCUCCUCCGCCGCGGCGGCUGCCGCUGGCGCUGGAGCCUCGGCGGCCUCUGGUGCUUCGUCCACGGCUAGCGCUCCAGGCUUUGAAGCGGCCGCUAGAGAGCAUGCGGCGCAGAGUGCUUCGGCACUGGUGCGCUUCUUGCAGGUUGGAGCAGCUUUCGUUGUUGUGUGGGUAGUGGGGAGUGGGUUUGCUGCUAAAGGUAGUGGUAACACGGCGACGAGUAAACGACCUGUGGCUGUGGGAGGGGCGGGGAAGUAG